AUGUCGUCCGGCGGCCCAACAUCAACCUCGUCCAACACCAGCCCAAGGGUCGCCGCGGGUCCCACCACCACACGCAGACGCGUACCUGACAUAAACAACAACAAUAUCGACACAGAGAAACAACAACACAUCCAACAACAAAGCUUCUCAGAUUUCUCCGACCUAGAACCCGACGACCCCGUUUUAUUAAACACCGCCCACCACCACGCGCACGUUCACCACCACCCACAUCCCAUCACGCGCUACCUUCUCCUACGCGCCCGCAUUUUACUAUGCGUACUUCGGUUAGAACAGUUUUUUCUCUGGUUGUCCGGUUCGGUUCAGGGUAUCCGGUCCGGCAAAAACGUGGGCCGGAAGAUCUUUGCGGUUUUAAUUGUCAUGGUUGUUAUGUCGGUUUUUUUUAAGGUUUCGUUUAUUGGUGCUGGGGUUGAAAUGAAUGGGAAAAGUAUUGAAAAUGGACAAUUGAUUUUGCAACGGUUUAAGGAAGAUUGGGCUUCCGCUCAAAGGGUUGUUACAGAAACUGAGACUGAAACUUCCAUGCCUAAAAGGGUCCUUGAAAGAAUGGCUACUCCAGAAAUAUGGGUGAAGCCAAACAGUGACAAGUAUUAUCAAUGCGUGUCACGACCUAGGAAUCGAAUGAAACCGUCAAAAACCAACGGCUAUCUUCUUGUUCAUGCAAAUGGUGGAUUGAAUCAAAUGAGAACUGGGAUAUGUGAUAUGGUUGCGGUGGCAAAAAUAAUGAAUGCGACACUUGUUCUUCCUUCUCUUGACCAUGAUUCAUUUUGGACUGAUCCAAGUGACUUUAAAGAUAUUUUCGAUUGGCGGCAUUUCAUGAAAGUCUUAAAAGACGACGUUGAUAUUGUUGAGUACUUGCCUAUUCGGUAUGCAUCUAUCAAGCCUUUUGUAAAGGCUCCGGUUUCAUGGUCGAAGGCUAGUUACUACAGAAGUGAGAUUCUUCCUAUGUUGAAGAGAUAUAAGGUUGUGCAAUUUACUCACACAGAUUCAAGACUUGCGAACAAUGGUCUUGCUUCGUCUAUUCAGAAACUGAGGUGCCGUGCCAAUUACCAUGCUCUUAAGUAUACGGUUGAGAUCGAGGAGCUUGGAAAGACCUUGGUUGAUCGGCUAAGAAACAAUGAUGAGCCUUAUAUUGCCCUUCAUUUAAGAUAUGAGAAAGACAUGCUGGCUUUUACGGGCUGUAGCCAUAAUCUUACGACUGAGGAGGCUGAGGAACUUCGAGUUAUGAGGUAUGAAGUGAAGCAUUGGAAGGAAAAAGAGAUCGACAGUGUCGAUCGACGGUUGCAAGGAGGAUGCCCUAUGUCACCUAGAGAAGCAGCCAUUUUUCUCAAAGCCAUGGGGUAUCCUUCAACUACAACAAUCUACAUUGUUGCAGGACCUAUAUAUGGUGGCAGUAGUAUGACAGCCUUUCGCGCCGAGUAUCCGAAUGUCUUUACUCAUUCGACUCUUGCGACUGAUGAGGAAUUAGAGCCUUUCAAGCCAUAUCAAAAUCGUCUAGCGGCUUUGGAUUAUAUUGUUGCGCUUGAAAGUGAUGUUUUUGUUUAUACUUAUGACGGAAACAUGGCUAAGGCCGUGCAGGGCCAUAGGAGGUUUGAAGGAUUUCGGAAAACUAUCAAUCCUGAUAGAUCAAGUUUUGUCAAUCUUAUUGAUCGAUUUGACCAAGGCUCGUUAUCUUGGGAAAAAUUUUCUUCCCAAGUUAAAAAAUUGCACACCGACCGACUAGGUGCGCCUUAUCUUAGACAGGUAGGCGAAACGCCAAGGAUCGAAGAGAAUUUUUUCGCCAACCCUUUUCCCGGUUGUGUCUGUAACAAGUCUGAAGAGCUAAUUACAAGCCAAAAACUAGACCAAAGAUUUGGCAUUCUACCACAAAGAUGA